CCGAUCGGCCCCGGGCCUGCCCGUCGCUCCGCCCCCGGGCCCGUCCGGUGACAGUCGCGACCGCCGCCGGAGGUGGCGGCGGAGGAGCAGGAGGAGGCCGGAGCCGGGAUGUCCGGGCAACAGCAGCAGCAACAACAGCCGCCGUCGCCGCAGCUCCCUUUGGCGGCCGCCGUUCCCCCGCCGGCGCCGGGGAUUCCCUCCGCCGCCGCCAGCCCCGGCCCCGCUCCGGCCGCCGCGCUCCUGCUCCACCCGCCGCCGCCGCCUCCGGCCACCGCGGCGCCGCCGCCACCCGCCACCGCCACGGCCGGCGGCGGCGGGCCCGCGGCCGCGGGGAGCGGCGGUGCCGGCGCCGCGCUGGGCCUGCCGGCGGGGAGCGGCACCAGCGCCCCGGCGCCCUUCCCGCACGGAGACCCGGCCCUGAACGAGCAGGAGAAGGAGCUGAAGCGGCGGCUGAAGAGGCUUUACCCGGCCGUGGACGAGCAGGAGACGCCGCUGCCCCGCUCCUGGAGCCCGAAGGACAAAUUCAGUUACAUCGGCCUCUCGCAGAACAAUCUGCGGGUGCACUACAAAGGUCAUGGAAAAACUCCAAAAGAUGCUGCUUCUGUUCGAGCUACACAUCCUAUACCUGCAGCCUGUGGCAUAUACUAUUUCGAAGUUAAAAUUGUCAGUAAGGGAAGAGAUGGUUACAUGGGAAUUGGGCUUUCGGCACAGGGUGUGAACAUGAACAGACUACCAGGUUGGGAUAAACAUUCAUACGGUUACCAUGGAGACGAUGGACAUUCAUUCUGUUCCUCUGGAACGGGCCAACCUUAUGGCCCAACGUUUACUACGGGCGAUGUCAUUGGUUGUUGUGUCAACCUUAUCAAUAACACCUGCUUCUACACCAAGAAUGGACACAGCCUGGGCAUCGCUUUCACAGAUUUACCGCCAAACUUGUACCCUACAGUAGGACUUCAAACACCAGGAGAGGUUGUGGAUGCUAAUUUUGGACAACACCCAUUUGUAUUUGAUAUUGAAGACUAUAUGCGAGAGUGGAGAACCAAAAUUCAAGCACAGAUUGACAGAUUUCCAGUAGGAGAUCGGGAAGGAGAGUGGCAAACAAUGAUUCAGAAAAUGGUAUCAUCUUACUUAGUUCACCAUGGAUAUUGUGCAACAGCAGAGGCAUUCGCCAGAUCCACAGACCAGACUGUGCUAGAAGAAUUAGCUUCCAUUAAGAACAGACAAAGAAUUCAGAAAUUGGUUUUAGCAGGAAGAAUGGGAGAAGCCAUUGAAACAACACAACAGUUGUAUCCAAGUUUACUAGAAAGAAAUCCUAAUCUCUUAUUUGCAUUAAAGGUGCGCCAGUUCAUAGAGAUGGUGAAUGGUACAGACAGUGAAGUGCGGUGUUUGGGAGGCCACAGUCCAAAAUCUCAAGACAGUUACCCUGUUAGCCCAAGGUCAUUCAGUAGUCCCAGCAUGAGUCCCAGCCAUGGAAUGAAUAUUCACAAUCUGGCAACAGGCAAAGGGAGCAGCACACAUUUCGCUGGGUUUGAAAGUAGUUGCAGUAAUGGAGUAAUAUCAAAUAAAGCGCAUCAGUCUUAUUGUCACAGUAAACACACGAGCACUAGCUUGAAUGUACCAGAGCUCAACAACAUAAAUGUAUCCAGAUCACAGCAGGUUAACAGCUAUUCCAGCAAUGAUGUAGACAUGGAAACAGAUCACUACUCCAAUGGGGUUGCUGAGACUUCAUCCAAUGGCUUCCUAAAUGGUAGUUCUAAACAUGAUCACGAAAUGGAAGAAUGUGACACAGAAAUGGAAGUAGAUUCAAGUCAGUUAAGACGCCAGCUAUGUGGUGGCAGCCAAGCAGCCAUUGAAAGGAUGAUCCAUUUUGGAAGAGAAUUGCAAGCAAUGAGUGAGCAGCUAAGAAGAGAAUGUGGCAAAAACACAGUGAAUAAGAAAAUGCUCAAGGAUGCAUUCAGUUUACUUGCAUAUUCCGAUCCCUGGAGCAGCCCUGUUGGAAAUCAGCUUGACCCCAUACAAAGAGAACCAGUGUGCUCUGUGCUGAAUAGUGCAAUACUAGAGACUCACAAUCUGCCAAAGCAACCCCCGCUUGCCCUCGCCAUGGGACAGGCGUCACAGUGUCUAGGAUUGAUGGCCCGGUCAGGGAUUGGAUCCUGUGCAUUUGCCACAGUGGAAGACUACCUACACUAGCUAUGCAUUUUGAAGUCUGAAAGGUGUUGCGGCAUAUUCAACAUGGAAAGUAGACCAGCUCUGCUGACUGGAAUUUGGAAUUUUAAUUAUGUACUAAGGACAAGUCUGUCGCUUUAUGUUGCUUCCUAGUUUACAGCAUGAUGCAAAUGAUUUCUAACUUAGUGUUAGGAGAAGAUUUCCAUCUUUAAACCUCUUAGACGACUAAGAGUUGAAAAUAUCACUGGUAACGUCAGCCAUCCAAAUUGACAAGUACCAAUCCUUUGAACGAUUGUCCAAAACAAACCAAAAAUCCUGCUACCUUGUGGUGGGACGGAAGAAUAGAAAACAUGGAUGUAUUAGCAUGUGGGUGAUGUAAACGUCAAGCAGGAUGACUUGCCAACCUCCACCCCCAUUGUUACAUAGUUCAAUCAGUGUAAUUUGCAAAAUGCAAAUGGUUUGGAUAUAUAGUGUUGAUGGGAAGAAAUGAUAUUUUUUAAUGUGUACUGUAAAACUUGAAUUACUCAGGAGCUGAGUGAAUAUGUUUGUUGCUACUUACAAUCCCAACCUGUUGAUCUUAGUAGUUUUUUGUUUUAACAUGGUCUAUUCAACUUUGUUUCCUUGUUUAACUACAGACAGCUUCUGUUGUGUAGCCUCACCAGUUUAACUGUUGUAUUAUAACAGUAUUACAUGUCAACACAGUGUGGUUAUGACCUAUUUAUAUAAAAACCAAAUAUUUAGUCAAUUUACAGUCUUAAUUUAAUCUUUGUACACCUUGCAUUUUUAAAAGUGCUUAAAUAGUACUAUAUUGCAAUAAAAUGUAGUGAUACCGUAAUUAACCAGCCAUUAAAAACGUACAUCUACAUCCACGGUAGCAGGGACGUGCAUGCUACACUGUCUGGUUCGAGCUCCAUCCUAGAGCCGCGGUUCUUGCGGAGACCUGCGAGGGCAGUGGCUCAUCCCUGGAGCCAGGGCUGUCACUUCCCCAUGAGAGGUGGGCUGCUGCAAGUGAAAGGCUGUGCUGUGUCCUUGCCACACAGUCUAACAGUGCAGGAAGCUUAUUCAGGACUCCCUGCAGAUGGGGAAAAUCCCUUACUGCUGGAAAGUAAUCAUCAGGCUGGAGAGAAGUGUCCUGCUGUGGGAGCUGAUGUACUGAUUCUGCUGAUAGGGUACAGCCUUUCCUUAAGACACACAAGUCGCUGAAGCAGCAGGAAUAACUGCCUGCUGUAAGGAAUGCACCAUCCACAACAGUAGGUACAACAUUGCUCUUUAUUCUCUGCAAAGGCAUUGCCUCAUGGAGGCAGCUCAGCAAGCCUGGUCCUAGCACCAGCUGUUCUACAACACUGGCCUGGCUGCUCUAUAGCUUCCCCAAGAACUUCUCCAAGGGGGAGAACAGGGAAGUCUGGUCUUCAUUCUGCUGGCUGGAGCCAAAAGCAAAGUGAUGAUGAAGGGGAGGAAAAAACCACCUGUGGUGUGUUGAGAUCAACUGUCACUAAAAGGUCUGUAGCAGCAUCUUCUGAAAAAGCUGUCUUCAGACUCCAUUUUUGAUCUGUGUUGCCAGCCAACGUUUCUUAAACCUUGCUGCUUUUUCCUUUUUAUCUUGCCCUUAAAAAAACAAAAAAGCUGUUAGUUACCAUUUUUCUGAGCCCACAUGCUGAAGAAGCAGCACUCCCUUGGCUGCUGCAGCACUCCAAAACAGAACAACCACCUCAAACACUGAUCAACUUCCUAAGGUAUUUUAUAUGCCCCAGCUGCCCUCCACAGGCCAGGGAGUACCAGUUUGCACCAGGCUCCUUCAGGAGGGAUUGGUACAGAGGGAGAAAGCUUCAGAGGGAGAGAGUACAGUGGUGCUUUCCGUGAUGGAGCACAGAUGGAAAGCAGGCCCUGAUUGCUAAGGAUCAGUAACUUUUCCCUCUGGUGUCUGUGAACCUCACAUACUGUGUGUGGGUAAGAGAUGACCCCGUUCAUUAUGGAAAUGAGGAGAAAUGGGUGCUAUUUCCCUGUGCUCACAUACGUGUUCUGGGAUUUUGGUAUCUCGGAUUUGAAGUCUGAGAUGCAUCUGAAAUGCCUUCCAACAGCUCAGACUGGAGGCUGAAACAACAGCUACUUAAGUACUUAUUUCACUGAGCAGCCCUGGCUCUAGGAUGAGAGCUGUCUCUUAACAUACCAAAAAUGAGGUAAUUUUCUUUCAACACCAUCCCCGGGGGUGUGCUCAUGACACCCACUGUGGCUGCAGUGCUCUGCUGCCGUUCCCUUAUUCUCCGGGUGCUUGGAGUUAGAGGAUCACAAGCCAGGAUCCUCUAGCAUGGAAAAACUCUGAUUUUAUUCAAGUGUACUUUUAGCCGUAUGCAUAAAAUAGUACCUACUCUGACCUUCUAUACUCACCCCAAGACUUGUCCACAAAUUGAACUGCAGCUUUUUUGACUGGGGCUUUCUUGUUUGCAAGGGAAAAAAAUUCAUUCGCUGAAAUGGAGACAAGUGUUAAUCACUGAGUUCAAGCCAGACAAGGCUCGAUUCAGACCACCCAAGCAGCAGAGCUUACCCUGUACCCGGUUGGUGUGUGGCCCAUAGAGCUGAGCAUUUAGGAAGUCUUUGGCGAGCUGUUGGUGGAGGCCUGUUACACCGUGGUCUUUCAAGCACACAGCCAUGUAGUUCCCUUUUGUCCUAGUCAAAGAGAGAUGCAAAUCCCUGUAGCGUGGUUACGGGAUCCAGAACAGACACUGCUGUCAAGCUUUGCUACUUGAGCACAGCAGCAGCCAGUGAUGAUUUCUGAUACUCAGAUGAGCUUUGUGGCAGUAUUAAAAAAAUAAAAAGCUGGAGCAAUACUCUCAAA